GUUGCAGAUCAAUGUGAUAUGUGUAAGAAAUAUUAUGAAAGAAAGUCAUCAGAACACUAUACUAUAUAUGAUGAUGCAGCCCCUCAUACUUUUUGUUCAAAAACAUGUAUGAACGUCUUUAUUCUGUCUAAUAGACAGAUAGUUCCAUGCAAUUGGUGUAAAGUCAAAAAAUACAACUACGACAUGAUUAGACGAAAUUUAAGUUCAGGGCAAAAAAUUAUGAUGUGCUCUUUGAAUUGUUUGACACUUUAUCAAGUGUCGGUAAAUGCUGUUUCCAUGAGAAGAAUAAAAUGUGAUCAUUGCAAGUCUUUAUCACAAGCUCAAUAUCAUUUAACUAUGUCUGAUGCUACAAUAAGGAACUUUUGCACAUAUCAAUGUGUUAUGUCUUUUCAAGGACAAUAUUCUAAUCCAAUAACAUUAGGAAGCGAGCAGCAUAAGACACCUCCUGCGACUUCAAUUAAGGGUGCGCCCGUGCCUACUGGUGCUCCCAAACGAACAUACAACAUAACACGCCAAACAAAAGGAGUUGGUACGAAAGCUUCAGCUGCGUCAAAGUCAUUUGAAACUCCUAUAAUUUCAAAAGUUCGAUCUCUAGGCACUCCUGUCAAUGCACAUAACACUCGUGGUUCAGUUAAAAGUACUCAUAAACAAGCUCAAAUUGUUCAACAAGCUCCACCUCCUGCUCCCGCUCCGGCACCAACACCACCUCCCAAGCCACAAUUUAAGACACAAUUAAUUGUGAAACCUCCACGUCCUAAGCCUAUUUCGAACAUGUCUACAAUGUGUAAACCAAUGACCGCAUCAAAAGGCACUUCUUGCAAACAGCAAACCAUUAACAAGGAAUGCCAGACAGAUGAUAGUUUGCAGAAAAGAAUUUUAAUACCGGUACCAGUUCCUAUAUAUGUUCCAACUCCUUUGAAUAUGUACUCUAUGCCUUAUCCUGUGCCAGUACCCAUACCUUUGCCAAUUCCAGUCCCAGUGUUCAUUCCAACAACUAGAAAUUCUGCAAAUGGCAUCAUGAAAGAAAUUAAAAAAAUCCAUGAGAAAAUGCCAACUGAUCCAUUCGAAGCAGAGUUGCUGAUGAUGGCUGAAAUGGUGGCUGGAGAGAAAAAGAGAAGUGAGAGUGAUUCGGAUUCUGAAGACGAUGCACCUGAAGAUGAUGGAUUUAGUCCAGAAGGAAUGGAAACUAGUAACACUUUUGGUGAAGAUAUGCUACAAAUGGCCUUGAAAAUGGCAUCGGAAUAUGAUGAACCAGCUGUGGAUUUAGAAUCUGCGAUGACGGCCAGUACAAUUACUCCAAGCUCCCAUCCUCCAAUGUCUAAUGAAGAAGGAGUUGAUGACCCGAAUCCAAUGCAUCAUCAUCAUAUGCUUAUGAUGGAACAACAAAGAGCCGCUAUGCGUGGGAGAAAACGACCUAAUCGACCACAGGGUAACAACUUGGGUGUUAAUAAGCGUAAUCGCCGAGUAAGCAACACUGACGGUCUGCCAAUGAUGCAACCACCCACUCAACCAGAACCUCCUAGAGAACCCACUGAAAAACCAGAUGCAAAUAUGUGCCUAAAGUAUACAUUUGGUGUCAAUGCUUGGAAACAGUGGGUGAUGACUAAGAAUGCUGAUUUGGAGAAAAGUUCUAUACGGCGUAAACCUUUUAAGUCAGAGAUUCUUCAAUUGACCGCUGAUGAAUUAAAUUACUCUUUGUGUUUGUUUGUCAAAGAAGUUCGUAAACCAAACGGCAGUGAAUAUGCUCCAGAUACAAUCUAUUAUCUGGUUUUAGGUAUUCAACAAUAUCUCUUUGAAAAUGGAAGAAUAGAUAAUAUUUUCACUGAUGCAUAUUAUGAGAAGUUCACUGAAUGUUUAGAUGAAGUUGCUAAAAAGUUUUCUGUUUUAUAUAAUGAUUCACAAUAUAUUGUCACUAGAGUUGAGGAGGAGCACUUAUGGGAAUCUAAACAACUUGGUGCUCAUUCACCGCACGUGUUGCUUAGUACACUUAUGUUCUUUAACACUAAACAUUUCAAUUUAGUAACUGUAGAAGAACAUAUGCAGUUGUCAUUUUCUCAUAUUAUGAAACAUUGGAAGCGUAAUCCUAAUCAACCUGGUGCAACUAAAGUUCCUGGUUCUCGCAAUGUGUUACUAAGAUUCUACCCACCUCAAUCAGCAUUAGAUGCUAACUCUCGCAAAAAGAAAGUUUAUGAACAACAAGAAAAUGAAGAAAAUCCACUUCGAUGUCCAGUAAAACUUUAUGAAUUUUAUUUAUCUAAAUGCCCUGAAAGUGUGAAGACCAGAAAUGAUGUAUUUUAUUUGUUGCCAGAAAGGUCUUGUGUGCCUGACAGUCCUGUCUGGUAUUCGACAAUGGCUUUAGGAAAAGAACCGCUGCAAAAAAUGCUUCACAGAGUUAAAAUGGUGAAAGAAAUCAAUAUCGCCCUGUUAACAAGUUAAAACAUUAGGUUUAUUACUUAAAUUAUAUAUAUGCAAUAGAAAUUGUCAAAAAUAUAAUUUUGUUACCAUU